UGUUGCUUGCUGUGUUCCACGUGUGUUUUCUCGUUGAACUAGUAGGGGCAAACACGAUUGAUUUACAGGUUUUUCAAAGCGAUGUCUGCUCAUUGCUAACUGAAGAGAAUGCAGCAGACCCUCGUCUUCUUGAGGAGGCCAGUCAUGUUUCUCCAGGAGGCUUGUUACAGUGCCAGGAGGCUGCACCACUUGAGCCUCUACUCCACCUUCCUGUGGACUCGGUGCCAGCGCAGCCCAGUGUGCGUGCCGACUCCAGCUCCAUUGCACUACUCCACCUUCCUGUGGACUCGGUGCCAGCGCAGCCCAGUGUGCGUGCCGACUCCAGCUCCAUUGCACUACUCCACCUUCCUGUGGACUCGGUGCCAGCGCAGCCCAGUGUGCGUGCCGACUCCAGCUCCAUUGCACUACUCCACCUUCCUGUGGACUCGGUGCCAGCGCAGCCCAGUGUGCGUGCCGACUCCAGCUCCAUUGCACUACUCCACCUUCCUGUGGACUCGGUGCCAGCGCAGCCCAGUGUGCGUGCCGACUCCAGCUCCAUUGCACUACUCCACCUUCCUGUGGACUCAGUGCCAGCACAGCCCAGUGUGCGUGCCGACUCCAGCUCCAUUGCACUACUCCACCUUCCUGUGGACUCGGUUCCAGCGCAGCCCAGUGUGCGUGCCGACUCCAGCUCCAUUGCACUACUCCACCUUCCUGUGGACUCGGUGCCAGCGCAGCCCAGUGUGCGUGCCGACUCCAGCUCCAUUGCACUACUCCACCUUCCUGUGGACUCGGUGCCAGCGCAGCCCAGUGUGCGUGCCGACUCCAGCUCCAUUGCACUACUCCACCUUCCUGUGGACUCGGUGCCAGCACAGCCCAGUGUGCGUGCCGACUCCAGCUCCAUUGCACUACUCCACCUUCCUGUGGACUCGGUGCCAGCGCAGCCCAGUGUGCGUGCCGACUCCAGCUCCAUUGCACUACUCCACCUUCCUGUGGACUCGGUGCCAGCGCAGCCCAGUGUGCGUGCCGACUCCAGCUCCAUUGCACUACUCCACCUUCCUGUGGACUCGGUUCCAGCGCAGCCCAGUGUGCGUGCCGACUCCAGCUCCAUUGCACUACUCCACCUUCCUGUGGACUCGGUGCCAGCGCCAGCCCAGUGUGCGUGCCGACUCCAGCUCCAUUGCACUACUCCACCUUCCUGUGGACUCGGUGCCAGCGCAGCCCAGUGUGCGUGCCGACUCCAGCUCCAUUGCACUACUCCACCUUCCUGUGGACUCGGUGCCAGCACAGCCCAGUGUGCGUGCCGACUCCAGCUCCAUUGCACUACUCCACCUUCCUGUGGACUCGGUGCCAGCGCAGCCCAGUGUGCGUGCCGACUCCAGCUCCAUUGCACUACUCCACCUUCCUGUGGACUCGGUGCCAGCGCAGCCCAGUGUGCGUGCCGACUCCAGCUCCAUUGCACUACUCCACCUUCCUGUGGACUCGGUGCCAGCGCAGCCCAGUGUGCGUGCCGACUCCAGCUCCAUUGCACUACUCCACCUUCCUGUGGACUCGGUGCCAGCGCAGCCCAGUGUGCGUGCCGACUCCAGCUCCAUUGCACUACUCCACCUUCCUGUGGACUCGGUGCCAGCGCAGCCCAGUGUGCGUGCCGACUCCAGCUCCAUUGCACUACUCCACCUUCCUGUGGACUCGGUGCCAGCGCAGCCCAGUGUGCGUGCCGACUCCAGCUCCAUUGCACUACUCCACCUUCCUGUGGACUCGGUGCCAGCGCAGCCCAGUGUGCGUGCCGACUCCAGCUCCAUUGCACUACUCCACCUUCCUGUGGACUCGGUGCCAGCGCAGCCCAGUGUGCGUGCCGACUCCAGCUCCAUUGCACUACUCCACCUUCCUGUGGACUCGGUGCCAGCGCAGCCCAGUGUGCGUGCCGACUCCAGCUCCAUUGCACUACUCCACCUUCCUGUGGACUCGGUGCCAGCGCAGCCCAGUGUGCGUGCCGACUCCAGCUCCAUUGCACUACUCCACCUUCCUGUGGACUCGGUGCCAGCGCAGCCCAGUGUGCGUGCCGACUCCAGCUCCAUUGCACUACUCCACCUUCCUGUGGACUCGGUUCCAGCGCAGCCCAGUGUGCGUGCCGACUCCAGCUCCAUUGCACUACUCCACCUUCCUGUGGACUCGGUGCCAGCACAGCCCAGUGUGCGUGCCGACUCCAGCUCCAUUGCACUACUCCACCUUCCUGUGGACUCGGUGCCAGCACAGCCCAGUGUGCGUGCCGACUCCAGCUCCAUUGCACUCCCUCCCAUGCAGUGCCUGGCUCUACAGCACCAAGAGGAACUUUAAAAAGGUCCUCAAGUCAUCCCUGGACUGCUCUGUCCCCCCAGUGAGUGUGACUGAGAUCAGGCAGUACCUGCGCUCGAAGGACAUCCCAUUUCG